AACGCUGGACCCAGGACUGGUUAUCAGAAGCCCACGGCAGGACUUAUGUUUUCACUUGAUGAGUGGGCCAUUAUCUGUAUUGUUUGUUUGAUUUUGGUUGUGAUAUUCUUAUGGUACAACAGGGAAAGAUGGUUUGGAACUCCUUCCUCCUUGCCUUUCUUACUUUUGGUGCAUCUGGACAAGGAGAAAGGGCCUCCAAUUUGGCUUGGGAAGUGAUACAAGGAUUCAUACAUGUCUGGAAUAGAACGGAUCAGGGGAUCUGUAUUCAGAUUCCUACUUCUGCCGAGCAGGGGAUUAGAUUCGGUUUGAUACCCAUGAGGCUCAAUAUUGGAAAAUAUAAUAUGAGCAAUGGCAUUAUAGGGUUAGUAGAUGCUCCGUUUGAGUAUCAAUAUCGAAGUGAUUAUACCUCCUCUGGCAGAUGGUGGCGAGAUGAAGCAGCCUUCUAUGAGAUCCCUCGGGACACGGGGUGGCCUGACUUAAUAAACAAAACUUGUAAGCGAUGGAGAUUGGAGGUCAGUCGUGAAAUUGGUAUUAGUCAUAGCCCGCCGUGUCCUCCAGGAUUCAAGGAAGCCUAUUCCAGACGAUUCCCACCUUCUCCAUCCUGGUGGAGAAUAACAGGAUGCCCUUCCUAUCACAAUAUAUCUUGUCAUUUAGUGCCUUUUUGGCCUGCUUCCCCGGAAAUUACCCCUUUUGAAUUACAGUAUAAUGUAAGAUGGGAUUCAGCUUGGUGUGUUCACAUACCUGACAGGAAGGGACAAUAUCCUUCAGUGAAUAGCGCCCACACUGCUUGGGGAUGGUCAGUGAAACACAUGUUAAAAAAACAACCUCUUCACUUAUUAAAGAAAGAAUUUGUGGGCACGCCCAACCCCAAUGAUGCCCAUUUGUUAAACUGUACCCACAUUAUAGAUUGUACCACAGGCGCUGGCAAUCCCAUCGAAACAUGGAUCAGUUUGGAAGUUAGAACCUUAAUUCGAGAUAUGUGCACCUGUUGGGGAUAUCCGAAUUUUGGAUACCGAAACCGGGACAACCAAUGUAAUCAGAUCACCAAUAAUGUUAAUAUCUGGCUAAAAUGUGGAAUUCCCAUUAACCACUUCCCAAGACAUAAGGUGGGAGAGGAUAAUCAAAUACCCCGGGGAGACGCAGCUACUUGUCAAACGCUUUGUAUGCCGCCCCUGAGGGGACCGUCUGGGGGUGCUCAGAUGGGAAAAUGUACUCGCACUUGA